AUGAAGCAACGAAGUUUAGCGGGUAACUGUGGCAUUGCAGUGUUUGUCAUUGCCCUUGUGACUGUGGCAUUGGCAUUCGGUACGCCGAAUUGGCUAGUCAGCGACUCUAGGAUACGAGGUGCUAAAAUGGAACGCCUUGGUCUUUGGAGUCACUGCUUCAGAUCAUUACCUGAUCCCUUGGACCAAUACCAAAGACGAUUCUUUGUUGGAUGUCGGUGGGUUUACGACCCAUUCACAACAGGAUACGACAAAAUACGCGGCUAUUUGCUUCCAGCAUUUAUGAUAGCAACCCAGUUCUUCUUCACCAUAUGCCUCAUUGGUGUUCUGAUAUCAAUGAUAUUGGUUUUAAUAUUCUUCCUCUGCUGCGGACCGGAGCAGGGCCGAUAUGAAUUACUGAUCAAGAGUAUAGGAUGUAUUAUGUUAACUGCAGGAUUAAGUGGAUGUAUAGCAGUCAUUGUUUUCGCCUGUACGGGGAACACUGAUGGAUGGAUGCCGGAUCACGCGAAUAAUUAUUUAGGUUGGUCAUUCGGUUUGGGAGUAGUAGGAGCUGUUGCAUGUUUAAUAACAGGUGCAUUAUUCCUGACGGAGGCAAACAUACAGAUAAGGAAGAGGAGGAGAUUUAAGGAGUCCCAAGCACGAUUCGAGUUGGAGGAGGAGUCGAAAGCAUAG